AUGGACGGCCUGGGAGAAGGCGACGGCAUGGGCUUCGACAUGAGGCAGAUACUGCCAAACCAGCAGCAGCUUUACGGAGGCUACGACAAUUCUCAGAUACAGGCGGGGUCAAUGUUCCCCGAUGAUUCCUCCAUAACCGCGGGGGAUGAGACCAAUGAUGCGAAAAGACGCAGGAUCGCCAGGGCAUGCGAUAUGUGUCGAAAGAAGAAGAUUAAAUGCGACGGCAAAAUGCCCAAGUGCUCCCACUGCAUUAACUACAAAACCGAGUGCAUUUUCACACAAGUCGAGAAGAAGCGGAACCCCCCCAAAGGGGCGAAAUAUAUCGAGGGUCUAGAGAACCGACUGGGACGCAUGGAGUCACUGUUGCGCUUGUCAGGCUUGUUGUCGGAGGAGGAUGGCGGCAAGACGGAUCUCGGGACGCUAGAGAAACGACUGGCCGAUCGGACGAACGCUUUGAAUGCAGCCAAGAGCUCGAACAAAUUCAUGGCUCAAGCACCCCAAGCGCCCCCAGCAGCAGCACCGCAGCAGGGCCCGAGUUCCCACCAGACCACGCCCCGUAUGGAUUCACACUCUAGCCCACAGACGGCCGCCACGUCUCCCGAUUCGCCAAAGUCAGAAACAGAAGUCGAGGCAUUGUCAGAUAUGAUGUGUUCGUUAGUAACGAAUAACUGCGGAGAGACUCGUUAUAUUGGAUCUUCAUCAGGUUUCUCUAUUUUCUCCCCGAAGGGUAUACAAUGGGUGAAUGAAAAGACUGGCGAUACUUCUUUCCAAGACAUGAUCUCAUCAGCCUACGUCGACGACAACAAGUGGAUGUACUGGAAACCCGAAAUCUUCAGCGACAUCUUCGCAAGACGCGUUUUCAAACCUCUUCCGCCGAAAGAUGAAGCUCUUUCGCUGUUCAAAGAUUUCUUCGAGAACUUCAACUGCUUGUUUCCACUAUUCCACGAAGCAACGUUUAUGCACUUGGUAGAGCGGCAAUACUCGCGUGAUCCCUACGAAGGUUCAGGAUGGUGGGCGAGUAUCAAUGUUGUCUUGGCAAUUUCUCAUCGGCUUCGUGUCAUGAGUAAUCUUGUGCCACACGAAGAAGAUAAAAAGGCAUGGUUGUACUUGAAAAAUGCCAUGGGCGUUUUGACCGAGCUCACUAUGCGCAACACCGAUUUACUGAGUGUGCAAGCGCUACUGGGCAUGUCACUCUUCCUUCAGGGCACUCCUAACCCGCAGCCUGCUUUCUUCCUAGUUGCUGCGGCCAUUCGUCUUUCACACAGCAUUGGUUUGCAUAAACGCGGCUCUGGCUUUGGUCUCAAUCCGGUCGAGGUUGAGCAGCGAAAGAGAGUCUUCUGGAUUGCCUACCUUCUCGAUAAAGAUAUUUGUCUGCGCUCUGGUAGACCGCCAGUACAGGAUGACGAUGACAUGAAUGUCGACUUACCGAGCGAAGACCCACCUGACAACGUUGGAAACGUACCUUUAGCUGAUGGUAGAAGCAAGUUCAACUUGUUCCGAUCAAUGUGUGAAUUUGCAACCAUUGAAAGCAGAGUAUACAAGCGACUUUAUUCUGCCAAAGCAUCGAAGCAGUCCGAUGGCGAAUUACUCAAUACCAUUGGCGAUCUAGACAAAGAGCUAGAAGACUGGAAAGACAGCAUCCCUAUCGACUUCCGACCCGAAAAUGAAAUCCAAGCCACACAUACUCCUCUUAUCCUCCACAUCGUCGUUCUUCACUUUGCCUACUACAAUUGCCUUACCACAAUCCACCGGAUGUCAGUACAUCACGGUUAUUGGACCAGCCGGCUGUCCAACUAUGCUAUCCAAGGACUGAAUGCACGACCCUUGAACCCAAGAGUCUUCCUCUCGGCUGUGCUAUGCGUCACAGCUGCCAGAGCAUCAAUUAAUUUGAUCAAGUAUAUCCCACAAGGAGAUUUCGCCUGUGUUUGGCUGAUUCUUUACUACCCUGUGUCUGCGCUCGUCACCCUUUUCGCCAAUAUCCUCCAAAACCCUACGGAUGCCCGUGCUCGAUCCGACGUCAAAUUAAUGAAUGUGGUCGUUAACUUCUUGUCUACCUUGGUUUCCGACGAAUCCAAUGGCAGCAUCAAGCGUAUGCUUGGUCUGUGUGGUGAAUUCGAGAGGAUUGCCAAGGUGGUCCUAGACAAAUCCGAAAAAGAAUCUCAAUCGAGAAAGAAGCGCAAAAAUGCAACGGACGAGUCCGUAGGACAGGACGAGUCCGAGGAACAGUCUGCAACUUCGCCGUCUGCCAAACGCACCCAAGUUGCAUCCAACGCCGCGGGUUUCUCCCCCUCGGUAUUCACUAAGCCUAUGGCUCCUUCCCCCGGUGGAUCUAAACCAUACCACGGACCCUCAAUGCCAACAGGCGGCAUUUCUCCAGAUCUUCCGAGUAAUAUUCAUUCCAUGCCGGGCAUGGGCCAAGAAUUCUCGGACAUGAUAAGCCCCGGUCAAAUGAGUGGUGUUGGCUUCUCGGAUCAGCCCUCAUUCGGAACUACUAGCCCAGGCAUAGCACCAUUCCAACAGCCCUUUGUCCCUCAGGAUCUCUGGCAGAUGCCUAUGACGAUUGAGUGGGAUUGGGCCGACAUGUCGACAAACUUCCCUCCGUUUGAAGCGGGUGUUGGUCCUAGUGGCCCCCCACCUGGACAGUGA